AUGGAAGACACAAUGUUUUUAUGCAACACGAGCGCAAUAAAGGACUGGAGCUAUUUCCUGUCUCAGAUCUUGCCCCUGAUGAACAAAACCAGCGCUUUGGUCAGCAUGGAUAAAGCGGAGACGGUGACCACCACCGUGGUGACAUCUCUGCAGCCGGACGGCGCCCUGAGCGCGAGCAACCCGCCUCUCAACUCCAACCACACUUCGGGGAUAGUCUUCCAGUACUCUUUCUCUGAGAGCGACCUGCUCUACACGGACUACAGGACCCCCGUGCGGGAGUCCAUCCCGCUGCCCAAAGCGGUGCUCUACCUGGUCAUGGCAGCGCUGGUGGUGGUGGCCGUGGCGUACGCCAUUGUGGGACACCUGGUCAAAGAUGUGGUGAAUGAUUUUGUAGGUGGGGGCCGGUCGAUUGUUGCUGAAGGUGAUGGCGGCGAAAGCAGUGAGCCAGAGCUGGUGUUCGGCUCUCGUCGAGCUGCGCACCACAACAAGACGGAGAUCAACUGCAUCACCAACAACCUGACGGAAAUGAGCGAGCUGGGAGAGAGGCCCCGGCUGGCUGAGAUGAGCUACUUCGCCCUGAACCACACCAGCUGCCGCGGCCCCGGCCCCCUGGAGGAGAUCGUGGUCACCAUAGACGAGACGCUCCAGCAGCGCCCCCCCGACACUCCCUCCGGUACCUAA